AUGUUCAACACCCCAAGUCUAUCCAAGUCGCCUCCGCCACUACGCUCUGCAAACUCACCGAGAUCGCCAGCCUUGCCGUUUGAAGACCCCCCCGCUGAAAAAUUACCAGAAGAACAGUACCCACAGCUUGAAGAGGCAGCAGUCGACGAUGACAUUCCUUACCCUGAACCUAGCUCCGAGCAGACCCUCCUCCCUCCACCGAAUUUCAGACCGUUCUUUGCACUCGUAGAGGACUCGACCUCAUGCGAACAUUACCAUCCAUAUGUACAUUAUGUGUUUGCGGAUGAUGAUCCAGUCAUUGUGACUGCUGCGUCAAUGCGCGGCAUGGGCCUGGACGAUGCACAGUACUUGCCGCAUGAUACUCUACAAGGGAACGAUGACCCAGAUCAGGUGGGCGAGGAAGAUUCAGGGCACGAUUCGCCAGUCGAGUCUCCCCUGCCGCCUCCUAUACCGGGAGUCAGAGAGCACUACCUCAUAGUCGAUGUAGCUGCGGACGGACGGACGGUAGUAGACGCGCAGUCACUAUCGUCUUCAUGGCAGAUCACGAACGCCUCGACACGGACAGCACCAUCAUUCGACGAAAGCGCGCUGGACCAGGGCUUGAUGCUACGGAUAGAAGGAGUUGAGAUACCUGGCAAGAAGAAGGGUAAAGGCAAGGGCCAGCCUGGAGACGCCAUACUGAGUGAGGCGAGAGAGCGAAGCCAGGGCGAUAUAUUUUCAGCGCUAGAUGGCCUGGUAAAGGGCGUCGAGGGUAGCCUUACAGUUGCUGGCAAGAUCACCAGCUUUGGGGCCAGGGAGCAGGAGAACGCGCAGGCAGGUUUGGAAACAGUGACAGAAAGGAAGAGCACAGUCAAGCAUCCAGAGCUGCCGUUAGACUUUGAUCGCACCGGGUGA